UAUACAGAUAAUAAUGCAGAGAAAGAAGAUAUCAGUAAAGAUGAAAAUAAAGUAAUUUAUAAAGUUCCAAAGUCUGAUGCAAUCUGUAAAGAGGUAGAAAAUACAAAGAAAAAGGUGGUUAAAGCAAAUGAUGAAAAGAAGUAUUGCAAAAAGAAUGUGAAAGUUAGUUUGACAAAUACUGAUGAAGACAAUGUUAGUAAAUUGUGUAGUAGUACUGGACAUUGUGAUAACAAAAAGAAUAAUAUUGAAAGAGAUAAAAACAAAUUACUCAUCUGUUACUAUAACAUUAGUAAUAUAGAUAAUGAUAAAAAGAAAAUGCUUAAGCAGAAGUCAAAGUAUAUUGAAGGUGAAGAAUUGGUUGUAGGACCUAAAAUAAAAGAUGAAAAUAGAUUAAUAUUUGAUUAUAGAAAACUAAUUGAAAGAAAAGACCUAAUAUCUGAUAUACAUUAUGAUGAAAUCAAUACUGAAUAUAUAUUUGUGGAAUUCAAUGAUAAAAAGUACUUGGCUAGAUUUGAUGAAGUCAUGUAA